CAUAUACACACAUACACACGCACACACAGGCGGACUCACACUCCGCUGUGCGCCUCGGCUCGGCUCGGCUCGGCUCCACCUCGCUCGGCGGGUGUGUGAAGAGGAUCCAGCCCUUUAUUUCAAGGUUAUCUCUGCAGGGGCCUCACCUCGUGGAUCCUAUGGGGGUUCUGGUAGCCGCAGUUUUCCUUUGGGCCGCUGUCGGAGUGGGAUGCCGGCCAGUGACCUCACCCCUAAAUGAUGCCAAGGUUGAAUGUAUUAUUCAGGAGACACUAAAUGGAGACAGGUCAACGGAUGAGUGUGUCCCACAGCUAGCAGAGGAACUGGAUGAAGUGCAGAGACAUCAGGGUCUUCUCAGGGAGCUUCAGAAUCUAGCUCAUGAUGAGAGGGAACGGGAGAGAGACAACGACAGAGAGAGGGAGUACAACCUCGCUGAUGAUGAAAGUGACUUUGACCAAGGGGAUGAGGAAGAGGAGGAGGAGGAGGAGGAGGAUGAUGAUGAAGAGACUGACUUUAAGGAAGAGCCAGAAGAGAAGGAAGACAACAUGGAGGACAGAGGUGAGGAAGACAACAUAGAGGACAGAGAUGAGGAAGACAACACCAAGAAGAAGAUGAUGGAGGAACCGAGAAUCGACGGCAAAGGGAGGGAUGAUGAAGAGGCGAGAGCUAAAGAGCUUGAGGAGCUACUGGCCGAAGAGAUCAGUAAAAAAAGCCAAGAGAAGAAUGAUGAGGAGCUCAAAGAACUGCUGAAAGAGCUGAAGAAGAAGCGCUAUGAGGCAGUGAAGGAGAGGGAGACUCAGAAAGGCUCCACAGUCAAGCAGCAAGAGGAGGAAGAGAAGAGGAAGAAUGAAGAAGAAGAGAAAGAGAAGGGGGAGGAAACAGCAGAAGAGUUGGAGAAGCAGAGGCUGGAGGAGAGGAGGAAGAACGAGGUGGAGCUGAUGGUGGAGAAGGAGAAGGUGGAGAAGGAGCUGAAGGAGCUGCAGAAAGAGCAGGACAGCAAGAGCAAGACAGAGCAGGAGAGGGAGAUGAAGGAGAAGCAGGAGGAGCUGGAUGAGCUUGUCAAGAAGAUGAAACGGGUACAGGAGGAGGAGCAGGAGGAGCAGGAGGAGCGGCGUAGGAAGGAGGACAACAAGGAGGUGGAGGAGAGAGUAAAAGAGGACAAGAAAGAGGGCGAAGGAGCAAAUAAGGAGAAGGCUGAGAAUGAAGUGAAGAAGAGGGAGGAGGUGGAGGUGAAGGAGCCGCAGCAGAAGAGAGAGAUGGAGAAAGCCAGCGACGAAGCCACGAGGCAGUUUGAGCGGGAGAGGUACAAGGAGGAGGAAGAGGAGGAUGAAAACGACAGGGAUGAGGAAGAUGAGGACGAAUAUGUCAGGGAAGAUGAAGAGGGGCAGGAGGAGGAGGAGGGGGAGGAUGACGAGGGUGAAGCUGAAGAGGAUGAAGGGGAGGAGCUGCUGGAGAUUGAAGCAGAGCUGCGAAAAGUUGCUGCAGAGCUGAGGGAGCUUCGCCGAGGAUAAGACACACAUACACACACAAAACACACACACACACACACACACACACACACACAUACUGCAGACUGAAAAAACCCUUUGUUGCAUUCACAUUCACUCAUUCAUCUCACAGAUUGUCCAGUAACAGCCUUCCAAACCUAUCCAGCACUCAUAGAAAUGUCUUCAAAAACUGUACAUAGAAAUUUCUAGUUUUUUUCUUUUUCAUUUUCUUAGAAUGUCUGAAAAGGACCAUUACUUUUUCCUCCAAGCUUGUGUAGAGCUGAGGAAAUAAGAGGUCAUUUUGAGGUUAUUUUCUAGAGAAACACCCCAUCGCUCAUGUCAUGUUUCACUACCUGUAAAUGCUGUUUGUACAGUGACAGGAGAAUUUACUACAGUUGUAAAGGAUGCAAAGCAUUCAGCACUUUAAUUUCAGUGGUAUUUUUGACUGCAGAUUGCCAACCACACACACACCAUAGUCAUCUAUGAAAUGUCUGAAGUGGCAAUCAGUGCUUCUUUUCUCUAAAGGUAUCAUCCUUGAUGGUGUGAUCUCGAUGGGAAAAUAAGUUCCCUGUAAUCUGUGUAUUUCAUUAUACAGUAUAUUUUGUGCAAUAAGUAUGUGUAAGCUGUUCCUGCUGUUCUGACUGUUAACGACAACUUGUAUACUGAUAUUUCUACACAGGAGUAAGUCAUGAUUUCUUUGCGUUUCUUUGAUGAUGAAAUAGAAACAAGGAUUGUGUUUCAUUUGGCUCACGCACUGUUAAAACCAGACUGUUUGAGGCGAACCAGGGUGACACACACACACAAAAAAACACAA